GAUCAGAGAAGAGUUUUUUCACUGGGAAGAAGACCGAGGAGGAAGGAGACAAGUCUGUUCUGAUAAUCUUCGAUGCCCUUCUCUCCUGGCGGUGUCCGGCUCUUAUACACCAAAAGCUUCACAGCCAUCUGCCAAGUGGGCCACACCGGUCUGUUGGUCCAGCUGCAGUUCAGCCCACGCCACGUUCAUGACAGUUACCUAGCGGUUUGGAUGCGGAGGGACGACCUUGCUUGCCUAUGAAUGAGGAUAAGUUCACUUUCACCCCUAAUGAUCCACGGUCGGCAAUGAGGCUUAAUGUCGAUUUCCGGAGCAUCAAAGGUCACAAGUUCAACAAAGUAGAUGGUAGUAAGCCAGCACCACCAUUAUUAAAUCUUUCUAAAGAUUCUGACAAGGGUGGAGGCUACAUGUUUGAGUUUGACAAUGUUGCUAACCGUGAUCUAUGUCGGGACUUUGUAGCUAGGGUUUUAGGCAAACAUCAAGGGAUAGUGCCCCCUAGACCAACUGUGCCUCCUGAAAACUCAGUUGCUUCAACUGGUCCGGAACAGCUCAGUGCUGCAGAAGUGGAGCGACGGAUGAAAUUGUUGCGAGAAGAUAGUGAAUUGCAGAAAUUACAUAAGAAGUUUGUUCUUGGGAAUAUUCUGCAAGAAUCUGAAUUUUGGGCAACAAGAAAGAAUUUACUUGAUGAUGAAGCAAAUAAAGCAUCAAAGCAAAGGCCAGGUUUCAAGAGUGCGAUGCUAGCAGACGUUAGGCCAUCAGCUGAUGGUCGGACAAACAAGGUUACGUUCAAUCUCACAACUGAGAUAAUCCAUCAGAUUUUUGCGGAAAAGCCUGCUGUCCAUCGGGCAUUUUUAGAUUUUGUUCCAAAAAAGAUGUCAGAAAAAGAUUUUUGGACAAAAUACUGUAGAGCUGAGUAUCUACUUAGGACAAAAAAUACUGUGGCAGCAGCUGCUGAGGCUGCUGAUGAUGAGGAAUUAGCUGUCUUCCUGAAGAAUGAUGACAUACUGGCCAAGGAGGCAACAUUCAAGAUAAAACGAGUCGAUCCAACGUUAGACAUGGAGGCAGAUGCGGGAGAUGAUUACAUCCAUCUUCCGGACCAUGGGAUUCUCCGUGAUGGUAGCAAAGAGACAGUUGACACUGAUAGUGAAUUGGCGAGGAGAACACUGUCUCAGGAUCUGAAUCGGCAUGCUGCUGUGGUUCUUGAAGGGAGAUCUUCAGAUGUGGAAUUAAUUGAUGCAAAGACUGUAGCUGAAGCCCUUGCAAGGUCCAAGAAGGAACCAUCUUCCACUUCUAUUGUUGAUGAUGCUAAUCAUGAGAGAUUGGUAAAGGUGGCCCGCAUGACUGAAAUAGAGGAUCUGCAAGCUCCUCGAAACCUCCUGUACGCACCACUUUGUAUAAAGGAUCCUAGAGAGUAUUUUGACUCCCAACAAGCAAAUGCUCUGAGAUCUUUGGGUGGCAGCAAUGAUGGAAGAAAAGCCCGUAAUUGCAGCUUGAGCACUGAUGACGCUUUCCAUCAUUUGAUGGAUCAAAUAUCUUCUAUUAAAGUUAAUAAGUUGAACUGUCCGGUUAUUCAGGCAGAUGUGGCUCUUAAGGUUGUUAAUGAAUUGAAUGAAGGGAUUUCACGUUCAAGGAGACUUAAUCUUAAGAAUCCUCAAGAGAGUCUACUCGGCCGGCUGCCUCAACGUACACGGGACGAACUUAUGGAUCAUUGGACGGCUAUCCAGGAAUUGCUACGCCAUUUUUGGUCAUCAUAUCCAAUAACAAGUGCAGUCCUUUAUAAUAAGGUUCAAAGGGUUAGAGAUGCAAUGACACAGAUAUAUCAAAAGUUGCAGGCUAUAAAGGAAUCAGCACAGCCUGAUGUAAGGCACGAAAUAUCUCAGCUAGUAAAGCCCAUGACUCAGGCCUUGGACGCUGCCUUCAACCAUGAUUCGGAACAGCAGAAAAAGUCCUCGAAGGCCGGGAACAAGCCCAACGGGUUUUGAGCCAAGAAGGCUGGCUUAGCCAAUAGAUGAGAACUGGAUUGCUGCUACAGCUCCCCGGCAUUGUUGUCAGAUUACGGGUUUGCAGUUCUGGAGGCGCCCAAGAUCUGCAUUCCCAAAGGCUUCUUCUCUUCAUGAUGUAUAUUUAAGUGCAUCCGAGCUUUGUACUGACGAGUCGUAUAAUGCACAACAUACAUGCCGAUUUUUGCCGUGCCUGAUUGAAUUGAGGCAUUUCCUUGUGACAUUGGCGUUCUCCAUAUUUCCAGAUAGGAUCGCCAUUUGGAUUC